UGGAGAACAAACUCAAAAUUAGAACAGGGAAUAAAUAAAUAUAAGAAAAAUAUAUAUAAUGAAAUUUAUUAGAACUGAAGUAGUCACAGGUAAAUGAAAACUGACUUGUAAUCUUAGCUAUCAUACUUAACAUUUAUUAUUGCAGCUACCAGAAUAAAUCAUAAUAAACUGUCUGAGUGGUAUUUACAGCACACUUGUAUCCUUCAUUGCAAUUGGAAUCCUUUAGAAAAAGAUAGAAAAGAUAGCACCUAUUUUUCCUGCUCUAGACUCAAGCUUCUCGUUUUAUUUUUGUUUUUGUUUUUUUUUAAAUUAUCAUUGUCUAUAACUCUAUUACAGGAUGCCUAACGUACAGAGGUGGGAAAAUGGCUCAGUCAAUAAAGUGCAUGAGGACCUGGGUUCAGAUCCACAGAAUACACAUGACUCCAGCUUCUGAAACUGUGUGUUAUAAUCCAAUAUGGGAUCAUUCAAUCAACUAUGGGGAUAUAUCAGAAUCUGAUAUAUCACAAGAUAUAUUAGAAUAGUAAAACAUUUCCAAAUAUCAAGAUUAAAAGUUAAUUUAAAAAAAGGAAACAUAUAAAAAAAACAAACAAACAUGGGGUAUAGGCCUGGAGAGAGGUCUCACAAGUUUAAGAGCACUGGUGCCCUUUCAGAGGGAGAUCCACUCCCAGCACCCACAUGGCAGCUCACAACUGUCUGUAACUCCAGGUCUGAAAUGGCCCUAAACAUACUUCUGCUAUUUUAGGCUACACAAUUAUGCCAAGAAACAUUCUCAGCAUUGGUGGUUGUAGAAUCAUUUAUCAACUCUGAAUAAUACUGAAGGUACUGUACACCCUAUAGCAACAAAUAGUCCAGGAUGUAAAUUUUUAUGUAAAAAUAAACAAGCAAUCCACCUCAUUUGUAUAUAAAUUUGUUUUAAUCUUUAAUAAAUGAUAAAAUUAAAUAGAAACCAAAGAAUUGUUUUAGGAUAAAUUUAGUUACGCUAUCAGAAAGUGUUUGAUUUUUAGAACUAUUUAAUAUACCCAGGAUUGUAGCAAAAUUUCCCUCAUAAAAAGGAUUCAUGAGUGGAAAACAGUUUUAGUAAUCCUGCUUUAGAUAGCAACAACAAAAAUCUCUUGACACAAAUGCUAAAUAAAAUGUUGUGGGGAUCACAGAGGAACCUACACUAAAUAAACCAACAUAGGACUCAAAAUUCCUUGUUCUGUCCUUCUGUAGGAGAAGGCCCAGAGAACAGCAGAGAACGUCAAGUGUCUGUCACCCCCUCUUUGCCUCCCUGACCCAGGUCAUGCUACAAUUCCUGCUUGGAUUUACUUUGUGCAAUAUAGUUGGAAUGUACCUGGCUCAGAACUGUGACAUGCCAAACCUACUAAACAAUUUGUUAUUUUGUCUUUUUUUUUUUCAGAGCUGAGGACCGAACCCAGGGUUAGGCAAGCGCUCUACCACUGAGCUAAAUCCCCAACCCCUAAACCUACUAAACAAUUUGAAAGCCAGGACACUCCCUAGUUCCUGGUGUCCACCAGUGCUACAUUCUAAAUCCACCAGUAACAAUUCCUGAGAGGCCUGCCUCCUUUACAGCCUCACCCAAGCUUUUGUGUGACAGUUUUGCAGUGUUAGAGCCAAUAUGGGGCCAGAGUAAGAGGAAUCCUUGACACUUCCAGCAGACUCACUUCUUCCUAUACCUUUCUUCCAGCUACCUGGAAGGUUCUAAGAUGGUAACUAUGGUGUUAGCCUGCAAACACAACUUUGAUUAGUAGUUGCUUACCUGUCCUUUGAGAUUUCCACUAAUAAGUUUUGGAUAGCUGAUCAGAUAUAAACAGCGCUGUUGCUUUCACGCUGUGGGAUGGUUUUUCUGUAUGCUGUGAAUAUGUGUUGCUACCAUUGGUUAAUAAAGCAGCAGCUUUGGCCUAUGGCAAGACAGGUUAUAGCCAGGCAGGAAAUCCAAGCAAGGAUACAGGGAGAAGAAAGGUGGAGCCAGGGAAGAUGCCAGCUCGCUCAAGGAGCAACAUGCCAACAGACCAGUAAUGCCACAGCCAUGUGGUAAUACACAGAUUAACAGAAAUAGGUUAAUUUAAGAUAAAAGAGCGAGUUAGCAAUAAGCCUGAGCCAUAGACCAAAAAGCUUAUAAUUAAUACAAGCCUCUGUGUGUUUAUUUGGGACCAAACGGCUGUAGGACACAGGAAAAUGUCUGGCUACAGUUUCAAGAGCUAGCAGUUACAAUAGGUGCUUCUUAAAUAUUUGUUGCUAAAGUUUAUUGUUUCAAAAAUUAAAAUUAGCAUCUCCAAGCAAGUUUCUGGUCAAUUAUCCAUUUAUUUUAUAUUGUUAUCAAGGAGCUCCACAGUCGAUAAUUUAACAAAGAAAUCGUGCGCUUUUCUAAAUAAAAUAACAAAGAUUACUUGUGGAGAUGAAAUUAAGUAAUUACAACCAUGCUCAGUGUAACCAUUU